UCCUUCAAGAUGGACUCACCGCAGCAGCCUCCCAGUUUGAACCAUCACGCACGGGCCCUAUCUAAAAACGCCAUGGAUGUAAACGUCACGCUCUCAGAACACAGCUUGGUUGGGUUUGGCGCGCUGGCGCACAGACUCGUUGGGAAUCACUCGUUUGAAAACGGCACGAGCGCUCCUAAAACGACAGAGGAGGACCUGGAAGUCAACACGAACGUUUACUCAAAGGUGGCGGUCACGGUCAUCUACGUGGUUCUGUUCGCCGUGGGCUCUCUGGGGAACUCCAUCACCCUCUACACCCUGCUGGCCAAGAAGAGCCUGCAGAACCUGCAGAGCACCGUGCACUACCACCUGGCCAGCCUCGCCGUGUCGGACCUGCUCAUCCUCAUCCUCUCCAUGCCCAUCGAGCUCUACAACUUCAUCUGGUUCCACCACCCGUGGGUGUUCGGGGACGCCGUGUGCCGGGGUUACUACUUCCUGCGGGACAGCUGCUCGUACGCCACUGCGCUCAACAUCUGCAGCCUGAGCGUGGAGCGCUACAUGGCCAUCUGCCACCCGUUCAAGGCGAAGAGCAUCAUGUCCCGGAGCCGCACCAAGAAGCUCAUCAGCGCCAUGUGGCUCGCGUCGUUCGCGCUCGCGACCCCGAUGCUCUUCAUCAUGGGUCAGGGGACGCGGAAGGGGGAGAAGAUCUGCACGGCCGUCGCGUCUCCGGUCACCAUGAAGACUGUGCUGCAGAUCCAGACCAACAAACAGGUGACGGCUAACCAACCGGACACUGUGGUGGUCAACAAGCAAGAGAAGAAGGAAGUGGUGAUAGAUGUAGCAAUCCCAAGUGACAUCAGGAAGAAGGAGCACGAGAAGCUGGAGAAACACCGAGAGUUGAAAGAGGAAAUACAGAAGUUGUGGAAAGUC